GACGUCAUGGCUCAAUCGUCAUUUAGCUGUGUUUAUUUAUUUAUUUAGCCAAAAUUUAAACUUAUACAAGUUCUGUACCGAUUACUUUUCUCUUUAAAUCGAUGAGGUUUAUAAUUCAACUUAAAACCACAACUUAUGAAACCUUUACCUGAUUCUAAACAAUGUGAAAAGUGAAAGUAUUACGUGGGCCAGUAACUGGCAAUUUUUCUUUAUUUUUCCCAUAAUUCAACUCGAAAAAUGGGUAAAACUAGUAAAGUAGUUAUCUGCGGGAUGAAAGGUGUUGGUAAAACUGCCGUUCUUGAGCAGUUGAUAUACGGAAAUGUGAAUUUAAAAACUUAUUUCUAUCCGACUAUUGAAGACAUUUACGUAGCGAAUAUCGAGACAGACCGCGGCACGAAGGAGCGAGUGUGUUUCUACGAUACUGCGGGGCUCGAGCCACCGAUUACAGGCGAGUUUAAAGGACCACCCCAGUCCCCGACGCUGCAGCUGACAGCCAACCAGGUGCUGCAGCGGCACUACCUCGGCUUCGCAGAGGGCUACGUCAUGGUGUACGACACCAACCGGCCCGAGUCGCUCGAUGUACUCAUGUAUCUGAAGAAGGAUAUCGAUAGAAAUAAGGAUAAGAAAGAGGUAGUAAUGCUAGUAAUAGGCAACCGCACGGGCCCUGACGAUCCCAACAGCCUCGAGAACACCUGCUCCAAAGCGGCCAACUGGUGCUCGCGCGAAAAGCUCCGCCAUUUUGAAGUCAACGCGAUGGAUCGGCCAUCUUUGUAUGAACCCUUCAUAUUUCUAACCUCAAAACUUAACCCGGUACAGAAUAAAACAGCGUUUCCACAGUUAAGUACGCUGAGUAAGUUGACGCAAAAGAAUAAUAGGAGCGAUGCUAUGUAACAUUAUAUUUUUAAUCUAUGCCCUUUUUGUUAUCAACCUUAGGGUCAGUUGAGUAAGGUCUUUCAUUUCAAGGAGACGAAAGAACGGUUUUGUUACAUAUUAUAAUCAUGAUGUUUUAUUAUUUCGUCGGGUGACAAGCAAAAGUCACUAAGUACUAUCAAAAAAUUAAAGUAACAAUGCACUUUAUUACACCUGUAACACGGUUCAUUGUCCAAUGAUUUCAAAUACAAAUACAAAAUCGUUUAUUUGUCCAACAUAGGUAUGAAUAGGGCAUGCUCCCGGGAAUUCCCGGGAAUUUUAUGGUGUCAAAAGAACCGGUACUGAAGACCCGGUACCGGUACUUCCCGGUUCUCAUCAUAUGACUAUUUAUUCCCAUUUCAAUAGUAGUAAUGUUUUAGUACUUUAGCUCAGGACAUUAUAUAACAUUUAAUAAUGGUGCUAUGAAAUGGGGGACCCAAAUAACCCGACAAACUAACCUAGUAAAGUAGGCAUUCGUGCCGUCAUAGUGCUGAGUGCA